AGAAGCUUCGUGACAACAACGAAAAUGAAACAAGCUCAGCAGCUCUGCUGUGUAUAUAUACCUGUGCUCCGUUACCUGGACUCAGUGGAGCCUCGGGCCUGAGCAGCACACACACACACACACACACACACACACUCACUCACUCAGUCAAACACACACACACAGACACUCCAGAGCAGCAUGCUGUUCCAAGCAGCAUCUUUCUUCCUGUGGGCUUCCGUCUUCUGCAGCUACACAGCAGCCUUCACGGAGGAAGCGCUCGACUGUUGCCUGUCCACCAGCAACGUGCCCAUCCCCCGCCAGAUAGUGGCAUCGUUCAGCAUGCAGACGGCAGAGGGAGGCUGUCCUAUUGCAGCCACCGUGUUCAUCACCAAAAAGGGCAGGGCUUUGUGCGCCCCUCCCCCGACCAGGAGCGACUGGGUGUCCAAGACCAUUUGUAAGAUUUCUCCAAAAGAGCCGAGGUGCCUUUCCGCGAAGAAAGAGAAAUCGCAGAGGAGGAAGAGAAAUGGAGUCAAGCAGUAAGGCCAGUCAGGCCUUGUGUCUGAAGACCUGAAGCCCAGCAGUAAAGCUCAUAUUUAAUACAGAGCCCAGCUUUCUACUACCACAAACCAAGGAACAUAUUGCCAGCUCUUUCCAUAAGCUAUCUUGAGAAUUCAUCGCUGAUAUUCAUUUUAUUUUUAUAAUUCAUGAACCAUAGCUGUAAUUAACUGGCUGUGUAAAAACUUGUGAACAAUAAUAACAUUUGUUAAUACAUAUCGAAAUUAUUUCAUUUGUUUGUGUUUCUAUAUUAUAUUCUGUAUUAAAUAUCACAUGAAAUGUGUGUGACCAACGUAUAGGACACUUUUGAUUACUGUCAUAGUUCGCUUUUCAAACAUAGAUUAACCAUUGAUUCACUCUCUCCUGCUAUGGAUAGCACUGGAACCAGCUUUGUUUGAUGAUGCAUGCACCAGUUCCAUUAUAUCCAUAAAUUUAUGGGCUCAAACUGAAAUAUUAUUGUUAAUUGCUUAAAAUUUAAAAUGUGAAUUCAUGCCUUCAUUUGUCCUUACGUUGUUAAAAAAAUGUUUUCUUCCAAUAAAAAUGUAUUUCAGA